CUAUGGAGUGUCGAAAUAAAGCAGGAGUUCCAGCCCGGAAGCUAAUCCAAGCUCGAUUGCCUUUCAAGCGCUUGAAUCCCAUACCAAAGGAGAAACUUGACACAAACCCUGACGUUAAAAAAGCCAGGAGUUUGCAGAACAUUCUCGAUCAAAACACACCUUGUCCUGCUUUGCCGCAUCCAUUACCGGACAAUGUGGAAAACAGCUGUGAGGAAGAAACUGAAACGCAUGUUCCAAAACUGGUUAAUGGCAAGGGGCCACUAGAUAACUUUGUGCAGAAAAGUAUAAAGUAUGAUACAAGUCAGCCUGUGCUCUUAAUAGACUUGACGGGGGACCCUCAUCACGGACUGAAUGAUAACACGGGCUGUCCCAAGUCCAACAACAGAGUAGCAUCUUUGGAGGAAACUUCAAAGGAGAAAGAAGGCCAGCCUGGUUUCCAAAAUUCCACAUGUAACAACCAGGUAGAUCCUUGCUUAGAAACUUGCCUAGAUGUAACAAAUAAGGAAUUAUCAAGUCUGGUGUCAACUGAGAUAGGAACUAAUAUUUCCAAGGAGGACAAACCCCAAAAUGUCAUAUUUGAACAGAAAAUGCCUGUCGUGGUUCUGGAGGAUAUCUUGGCAGCCAGAUCUCCUCAAGCUGCAUCUUUGGAAAGGAGCCUGGCUUCUGAAAAUGAAACCAUGGAAUCUUGUCCUGAAGUGGACACGCCAUGUACAAAUUCCUCCUUAAGUUCUCUCUCUCUUACCAGCUCUCCUGAAUCUCUGGCCACCAAGGAGCAUAACGUUAAUCCAUUAGCUGCUUCAACACCAGUUUGGAAGGCUUCUCCGAAAGUCCAUCGAAGUUCUGAGGAGAAGGAGAAACUCAAGCUACAGAAGGACCAAGAACGUGCAGAUAAGCUUCAGAAACUACAAGCUAAACGGGAGGAGAGGGGAAGACUGAAAAAGGAAGCCAAGGCUGCGAAAGAACGUGCCCGAGAGGAGGCGAAGAGGAAGAAAGAAGAAGAGAAGGAGCUGAAGGAUAAAGAAAGGAGGGAGAAAAAGGAGAAAGAUGAAAAAGAGAAAGCUGAAAAACAACGUGCAAAGGAAGAAAAACGGAAAGAGAGGCAGGAAGCCCUGGAGGCGAAAUUAGAAGAGAAAAGGAAAAAAGAAGAAGAAAAGCGCUUGAAGGAGGAAGAGAAGCGCCUCAAAGCAGAAAAGGCUGAAAUCACCCGGUUCUUUCAAAAACCAAAAACCCAGCCUGCUCCAAAAAUUCUUGCGGGCUGGUGUGGAAAGUUUGCUCCCUUUGAGAUCAAGGAAAACAUGGUUCUUGCUCCACUUUGCCGUGUGGCCAUCGAUCAGGACUUCCCCGACCGAUUAGACCGGUUCGUGCAAGAGCAGAGCUGCAGCACUUCUUUCUUGGCAGAAUUGAAGGGUCGUGAUCCUAGGAGAUCCGAGCCCACCCUUCUCUGCGGCCGCAGUGCUGACGGGAUUAACAGUGAUGUGGUCAUUGUGGGUAGCAGCCAAGCAGAAGAUGUGCCAGAAAGAAAGAAGUUUGGCAGGAUGAAACUCCUGCAGUUCUGUGAGAAUCACCGGCCUGCCUACUGGGGCACAUGGAACAAGAGAUCUUCAGCAAUAAGGCCAAGAAGCCCUUGGGCCAAAGAUAUGAAGCUCCUGGACUACGAAGUUGAGAGUGAUGAAGAGUGGGAGGAGGAGGAACCAGGGGAGUCCCUCUCUCACAGUGAAGGGGAUGAGGAAGAAGAUGGGGGAGAGGAGGAAGAUGAUGACGACGGGUUUUUUGUUCCUCACGGAUACCUUUCGGAGGAUGAAGGCGUGACUGAAGAAUGCGACCCUGAAAACUACAAAGCUCGCCAGAAGCUGAAAGCCAAGGAGUGGGACGAGCUGAUCACCAAGGGGAAGAGAUUCCGCGUCUUGCAGCCUGUGAAGAUCGGUUGCAUUUGGGAAGGUGAGGACAGCAGUGCCGGCACAAGUGCAGAAAUGGGAAUCCUGCAGCAGUUUACAGCUUCUCUCCUGGAUUCCAGCUUUGCCGAUGAAGAAUUGAUAGAGAAAAUCAGCAAAAAGAAAACGAAGGACCAACAAAUCUUGGCCCAGCUGCUUCCGCUGCUUCACGGCAACGUGAACGGAAGCAAAGUCAUCAUCCAGGAGUUCCGGGAAUGCUGCCGCCUGGGGCUGCUGUUGGACAACGGCAGCCCGGCCUCCUCGGGCAGUGGGGACGCCAGCCCCAGGGUCUCCCACGGCCAGGCUGCGGCCUGUGAGAACGCUGUUCCUUCCAAAGCCAGACUGAAGAGGAUCAUCUCUGAGAACUCCAUAUACGAGAAGAGGCCUGAGUAUCGAAUGUGUUGGUAUGUGCACCCUGAGGUACUGAAGAACUAUGGCCAAGAGCACCUGCCCGUUCCUUGCCAGUGGAACUACAUUAGUCAGGUUCCAUCAGUGGCCAAGGAAGAAGGGAAUAAUUUGCCAGGAGGGGCGGCGACCCAGGCCCCCCCAGUCUCGGCAAAACGGAAGUCAACAGGAAGCAUGUCGAUCACCAAGUUCAUGAGGAGACCUCCGGGGACCCAACAGGUGGAAAGCACAGAGAUGGACGGAUUCCAGGCAGACACAGAGGAAGAGGAUGACGAUGAAUGCAUCAUUAUAGACAUACAGCAAAACCAAGCACCUGAACUGAGGACCUCGGAAGUGGAACCCGCUGCUGUGGCUGCCAACAGCUCCCCCAAUGCCUUUUGAUAUACACAUCCCCGUACUUUACUGCUUUGUACGUAUGUAGAAUUCUUUUAGAUUAUUGUAAAACCCUCGUGUAUCUUUUUUUGUUUUUGUUUUUGUACAAGAUACUUGAUACUUGAACAUACUGUGUUCCUUGUAAAGAGAAGACAGCACUUUGUUCUGCUUCAAACUGGUGGAAGCUUAAGACAUAUUUUUAGGGGGGUGGUAGGCGAAAAAAAUAUACGGCAUAUAAUCUCUCUAAUAAAAGCAUUAUUGAAUUUUUGAUGGGCUCUGCGCAAGAUGUGGUGAUCUUUUCCUUUUACCUAAAACGGAAGGUAUUUAAUCUUCGGGUUUAUAGCUGCUCAGAUGAAAAUGUCUGCUUCCACGGUAGUGAUCUCCCCUCCAGUCCUUCCUAGUUCUAGCUCACCUUUCCAAGCUACGCUUGUGUUUCACUUCAAUGGUAGCUGCGAGCAGAGGUUGCGAUCUGUAAGCCAGCGCAUCGCUUCUGCUUGCCCGUUUUGCCCCUUGCUCUCAUUGCCCCCUCUGAAAGGGCCGAUCCUGUUCCUUCUGGGCUUUCAACAAACGUUCUUCCGCAGCAUCCCUUCCCAUCAAGCAGGAAAAGAGUGGAGUGGCACAGUCCAGUUACAAACGUUAUGAUUUACUUAAGUUCUAUUCGGGAAGCUAUAAAUAAUUUAGACUGUUAAUUCAUCUAGCCCAGGACUUAGGCUGCUCCAGGAUUUCAGAUCAAGAACGAUCUUGUAAAGAAGAUGCUACAAGACUUAUGGCACACUAGACGCAUCAGCCUGUAGUCAUUUCUUUUCCUUACAACAUUAAAAGAAGCUUUUAAGAAGUGGGUCUUAAUUCCAGGAACGGGAGCCCUGUUCAGGUGCCAGCUCUUUCGGCCUGUGCAGUCAUCUGGUCCACAGCCAGGGGCUAGUUGUUACAACCAUUAAAUAAUCACCCCCAAAACACCACCAAUCAAACAUUUUAAACAGCUGACUUUCCUUUAAACAGCAUCAUCAAAACAGUAUAAUUGUACAAUUUUUAUACCUCGCGCUUUGGUUGAAUCUGGUUGAAAAAGAAAAUAUGCACCAGUUGAAUCCAGAGCCUUCCUGAAGAAGAGUAAGAAAAAGAACUGUUUGUGGGGGUAGGUGGGAUGACAGCAUUCUCUGCAAGUGACUUUCCAGAGGGAUGCAUACGCAUUUCAGUGGGUUAAGGGUUCUGCUUCCAAUUUAAAGAGAUUCCACAGACCAAGGGAUAUGAGAAAAAUAACCCCUGUUUAAUGUGUAUCUUUCUUUAUACAUUAUAAAAAUGGUGUUUAUCUCCCCAAAGCCACCUCUGUUGAACUCUGAAAUGAGGCUGUACUUGAUAGAGCAGAGCCACCAACAAAACCAAAAAUAAAUCUUUCACCCCAGACACCUAAAACAAGAGUGGGGGCUAGGUGGCCCCACCCUUUCACUUCAUCUACUUGUCCUGUCCCCCAGCAGCAUCAAUCAGAAAUCUAAACAAACGUCCAAAGGAGCCUGCCUUAUUCCUCACUACGAAUGAACAGAGGAAGCCGGCAGAAACUAGCGCAGUGCAUAAAAACGGGGCAGAGAGGCUCAGACGGCUGUCCGGUGCCGAGGGAUCUUGCCACCCUGACCCUGCUCCGAAAUCCAAGAGCCCACCACAUCAAUGGCAGCAUAGGCAGGGCUUUUAUGAAGAUGGCUAUUUGUGGGGACCAUUCCUGCCGCAAAACAGCCUCAGCUCACACAGUCAAAAU